AUACUAUUCCUCAAAGAAUCGAAGGUUCAGAGCAUUCAUAUCAAGCUAGCCAGCAGCGGCAAUAAUAAUAAAAUUCUGAGAGAAACGAAGUGUAUGUCGGCGGCCGAGACAACGGCCGCGGCAGCGGUGGAGGCAGUGUCGUCCGUGAAAUGCUACUGCUGCGGGCUGACGGAGGAGUGCACGCCGCGCUACAUCGACCGCGUGCGGGAGAGGUACGAAGGUCGGUGGAUAUGUGGACUGUGCGCGGAGGCGGUUAAGGAAGAAACGUUGAAGUCUCGGAGGGACAUGAGCACCGAUGAGGCGCUGAAGCGCCACGUAAGCUUCUUCCAAGAAUUCAGGUCUUCGAGUUCGAGUUCGGGCCCUCAGGAUUUGAUCCUUGCAAUGAAGCAACUCCUUCUGAGGUCUCUGGAUUCAUCUUCUUCUUCUUCGUCGCCGAGAGGUAGUGGCGGUGGAAGAAGACUUGGGAGAUCUCAGAGUUGUUUUUCCAGCGUGAAUAGUGGACCAACCUCGCAGCCAAAUCCACACUCUCAGAAUAGGAUUGUACAUGGUAGAGACAUUAGAGAGGCAUUGACCACUGAAUAAUCAUAAUUAGGUCUUUUCUAGUUUGUGACAUUUACAUCAUCGUCAUGAUUUUGAUAUCAAUCUCUGUUUCACUUUUAAUUUGAUUAUCUUUCUCGGUUUGAUUUGAUUU